AUGUUCAUUUUUCCUCAUCACUUUAGUAGCAUUGAAAUUCUUACAUUGAUUAUUUGCUUUUUUCAGCUCUUUUCUUUUUUCAUCUUUCUUCUUUUUUAUCUGUCAUCAUUUUCCUUUUUUUCUCUUUUUUCAUUUCUUUACUAUUUUCUUUUUAAUCUCUUCUUUCUCCUUUUUCUUUGCUAUCACUUUUUCUUCUUAUACUUCAUUCUCUCCCCUUCUCGUUAUUUUUCUUUACCACCUCUUUUACUUCAUUCUCCCUCUCUCCAUCUUGUUUUCUUUUUCCGCUCUAACUUCAUUCUAUUUCCAUCUCGUUAUACUUUUCCCGCAUCUUUUACUUCAUUCUCUAUCUAUCUAUCUAUCUAUCUAUCUAUCUAUCUAUCUAUCUAUCUCCUUCUCGUUAUUCUCUUUUCACCCUCUUGUACUUCAUUCUCUCUCUCUCUUUAUCUCUCUCUCUCUCUCUCUCUGUCUGUCUGUCUAUCUAUCUAUCUAUCUAUCUAUCUCCUCCUCGUUAUCCCCUUUUCACUCUCUUGUACUUUACUCUAUCUUUUCUGUUCUUUAUCCUCCAAUAAUCCCUCUUUAUCUAUCUAUCUAUCUAUCUAUCUAUCUAUCUAUCUAACUUUGUCCUUCUUGCGAUCCAUCUUCUCCUUUGCUUGA